GUCUCUCCUGCUCGCUCAUUUCUCACGGAGAGGCUGAUGGAGCCGCACUGACUCCGCGGAGCACUCACACACCCGUCACCAGGAACUCGGACUCAGGACGCCAUGGGGAUUAAGUUUUUGGAAGUCAUCAAGCCGUUCUGUGCGAUCUUGCCAGAAAUUCAGAAACCAGAAAGAAAGAUUCAAUUUAGAGAAAAAGUACUAUGGACCGCCAUCACGCUAUUCAUCUUCCUGGUCUGCUGCCAGAUUCCUCUUUUUGGCAUCAUGUCUUCAGAUUCAGCAGAUCCUUUCUACUGGAUGAGAGUGAUCCUGGCUUCCAACAGAGGUACUCUGAUGGAGCUGGGCAUCUCACCCAUUGUCACCUCGGGCCUCAUCAUGCAGCUGCUGGCCGGUGCCAAGAUCAUUGAGGUGGGAGACAGUCCAAAGGACCGCGCCCUUUUCAAUGGAGCUCAGAAAUUGUUUGGAAUGAUCAUCACCAUCGGACAGGCCAUUGUGUACGUUAUGACCGGCAUGUAUGGAGACCCUUCGGAGAUGGGUGCCGGUAUAUGCUUGAUCAUCAUCAUCCAGCUCUUUGUCGCAGGUCUGAUUGUCCUGCUGCUGGAUGAGCUGCUCCAGAAGGGCUACGGUCUGGGCUCCGGUAUCUCUCUCUUCAUCGCAACCAACAUCUGCGAGACGAUCGUCUGGAAGGCCUUCAGCCCCACCACCGUCAACACGGGCCGAGGUACUGAGUUUGAGGGAGCCAUCAUUGCUAUGUUUCAUCUCCUGGCCACCCGCUCGGACAAGGUGCGCGCCCUGAGAGAGGGCUUCUACAGGCAAAACCUGCCCAACCUCUUGAACCUCAUGGCCACCGUCUUUGUGUUUGCCGUGGUCAUAUACUUCCAGGGCUUCCGGGUGGACCUGCCCAUCAAGUCGGCGCGCUAUCGUGGUCAAUACAACACCUACCCCAUCAAGCUGUUCUACACCUCCAACAUACCCAUCAUCCUGCAGUCUGCCCUGGUCUCCAAUCUCUACGUGAUUUCUCAGAUGCUCUCGACGCGCUUCAGCGGCAACUUCCUCGUCAACCUCCUGGGGACGUGGUCUGACUCCACGGGCGGGGGACCGGCUCGGGCCUACCCAGUUGCCGGUCUCUGCUACUACCUGUCUCCUCCGGAGUCGUUUGGUUCUGUCAUGGACGACCCGGUUCACGCCGGCAUCUACAUCGUCUUCAUGCUCGGUUCCUGCGCCUUCUUCUCCAAGACCUGGAUCGAGGUCUCGGGGUCCUCUGCCAAAGAUGUGGCGAAGCAGCUGAAGGAGCAGCAGAUGGUUAUGAGGGGACACAGAGAGACCUCGAUGGUGCAUGAGCUCAACAGGUACAUCCCCACAGCGGCUGCCUUUGGUGGCCUCUGCAUAGGAGGGCUGUCAGUCAUGGCCGACUUCCUGGGUGCGAUCGGUUCGGGUACAGGAAUCCUCUUGGCUGUGACCAUCAUCUACCAGUACUUUGAAAUCUUCGUGAAGGAGCAGAGCGAAAUGGGCAGCAUGGGAGCGCUGCUUUUCUAGGAGAACACCAACCUUCUGACGCGCAUCGGACACAAAGCACCCCCCAACCCCUCCAUCUUUUAUUUUUGAAUUAUUAUUUUUUUUACAAAUCGCACAUUCAGUACAUUUUUCUGCUGGGGUAGGUCAUCUUUCGCCCUCGCCUGGGUUUCCCAUCGUUACCUCCAGCCUGACAAUGCUGUGAAAAUCCACAGUAUUGUACGUCUUCAGUCCUUGUGCUCCAUAGCUGUCACCCAUCUACCUGCAGGCUGCCUCUGUACCCACGGACUGUCUCAUCAGCUGAAGAAUGCCUAAAAGCACAGAGUGUGAGGUGCUGUCUUCGACUUACCUCAGGCAUUGUUCAUUGCAUUAUGUUCAAGAAACACGAAGACGACGACGACCACGAGUUGGUGCUUAUUUCAAUCUGAAAGCACCGCCUGGAUUUUUCGGUAGCAAUCAAGCUCGAGGUUUCUGGGGGCCCGUAGUAGGAUGUGAAAAGUAUAAAUACAAUAUGCUUGUACUCCUAAUAAGGGUUCUUGUAAUCUCAGUCAAGCUUUCGGUGGUUUUUAUUUACCUUUUUAUCUCAAAUGAUGGACUAUGUUUAUCUUCACGCUGGUCUUAUGUCGGGCACAGGGGUUGCCCUUUGUCUCCGGGUCCUCAAAGGAAAGUUGGUCAGCGUCGUCAUGCUCUUUUUCUUCCCACUGCCGAGAUGGUCGGGCCGAGGGUGGGUUUGAUAGGGAUGAAAAGGGGGUUUUAUUAUUUUGUUUUUACUUUAUGUAACAAACAUAAUUGUUAUUAAAAAAAAAAGAAGAAAAAAAACAUGUUUUGAUUCCUAUCGUCUCAACUCCCCAGGGCUGUAAGUUUAGCUCCCAUUAGUUGUGCUUUAUAACUUGGCUGUAUUUUACUACAAUUCACUUAACUUCCACUAGAGGUCACUUUAUUUUUCUUUUCAUUUUAUUUAUUUAUUUGUACAGGGACCGUACAGAUUAAUCAACCCAUGGGUAAAUGUGUUAACGUUAGCUAAGGCUAAAUUUCAGCUUUGGUCCCUGUGGCCAGAUGUUACAGCCUUCACUAAAGGAGUAAGAGGUUAACACGGUAACAUAAUAGAAAAGCAGUAAACAUACAGGUUACGAUAAAAUACAGGCCUCUUCAUAAAAUCAUUAAAACAUAAAAUAAAUUUAAAUAAAAAAACAGACAUAAAAACAAUAAUUAUUUACACAAUCACUGAGGAGGGAGUCACAGUUCAUGCUCACACAUCUGACUGGUAAAAAGCCAGUUCUUCAGGCCAACUUUAUGAGGUUUAAGAUAAACUUGUUUCACGUAAAGAGUAAAAUAUACUCUAUAAAGGGUUUGGGGUGGAGUGGCUAAUUAAACUGAAUGCCUGCACAUUACUACCGGCAACCUUCUCACAUUACAUUCAAUGUUUAUAUAAAAUGUUGCUUAACAGAGAUCUAAGUGGACAAGUAAGGUAAAUCAGUUACCCAUUACGACAUACUGCAAGGGAUCAUUAUUUAUUCAUCAAACAUGAGUUAUGAGCCAAUGCAUGAAUGGUAUUUAAUUAGGUGAUUAAGGUUAUUUUACAUUUUAUUCAUUUUGUAUGUAUCCGCUUGCCCUCUGCAUGUGUGAGCUUAAUAUACAGGACUGUCUCAGAAAAUUAGAAUAUUGUGAUAAAGUUCUUUAUUUUCUGUAAUGCAAUUAAAAAAACAAGAAUGUCA